ACACACACACACCCAGCGAUAAAACUAAAAAUUCAAUUUUGUUUUAUUAAAAAAGAACAGACGAAAAUAGAAACAAAAAGCGGUUGCUGGAGAGGAUAAAUCCCAGAACGGGGAGCGGAAAAUAGUCGGAAAAUAUUAAUCAUUUCUUCCCGCUGUCCGCAAGGAGAGAAAAAGGGUAGGCUUUCCCCCGUCCCUUAUAUUUUCCGGGGGGAUCCAUCUCCGUUCUGCUUGGGCGGCGUCUUCUGAGGCGCAGGCUUUCCCCCCCCUCCGCUCUACCCCGGCGGCCGAUUCGCGCCCCCCUCGCUCGACCCUCCAGGUCAGGGAGGUUUCUUUCCUAGGAGAGGAUCAAUGUCCAAUUAUCACGACGAUCACGUCGAAGACAUGGAGGAUGAUUAUGACAUGGACGACCCCGCUGAGGACAUGGUUGACGCCCACCACGAGCGAGGUUUAAGAGACUCCGAUUCGGAGGAUGACGAGUAUGCCCAUUCGAAUGAUAAGAUCCCAGAUACUUCGGCAGCGGAUGCAAGAAAAGGGAAAGACAUCCAAGGAAUACCCUGGGAGAGGCUAGCUAUCACAAGGGAAAACUACAGACAGACCAGAUUAGAGCAGUACAAAAACUAUGAGAACAUUCCUAAUUCUGGAGAAGCAGCAGCAAAGGAAUGCAAACCGACUGUGAAAGGUGGAAUGUAUUAUGAAUUCAGACAAAAUACUAGAUCAGUAAAAUCAACCAUCCUACAUUUUCAGCUGAGAAAUUUAGUAUGGGCUACAUCCAAGCAUGACGUCUACCUAAUGUCACAUUACUCAGUGCUUCACUGGUCAGCGUUGAGUGGUGUGGACACUGAACUUAUGAAUGUCCAAGGUCAUGUGGCACCAAGGGAGAAGCAUCCUGGAAGUCUAUUAGAGGGGUUUUCUCAGACUCAAGUUAGUACCUUGGCAGUCAAGGACAAUUUGCUGGUAGCUGGCGGAUUUCAAGGGGAGCUAAUCUGCAAGCACCUUGAUCGAGAAGGAAUAAGCUUUUGCUGUCGAACAACGUAUGAUGAUAAUGCUAUUACUAAUGCAGUUGAGAUAUUCAAUACUGCUAGUGGUGCUGUUCAUUUCAUGGCAUCGAAUAACGACUCCGGUGUAAGAGAUUAUGACAUGGAGAGAUUCCAGUUAUGCAAGCACUUUCAGUUUGAUUGGCCAGUAAAUCAUACAUCUCUGAGUCCCGACGGGAAGCUUGUUGUUAUUGUGGGGGACGAUCCUAAUGGUUUACUUAUUGAUGCCAAUUCAGGAAAGACUCUUCAUUCCAUGAAAGGUCAUCACGACUUCUCAUUCGCAUCAGCCUGGAGCCCUGAUGGCCGAACGUUUGCUACUGGGAACCAAGACAAGACAUGCCGAAUCUGGGACGCGAGGAACCUAUCAAAAGCAGUCCAUGUAUUGAAGGGUAACCUUGGAGCCAUCAGAUCAAUCCGGUUUACGUCGGAUGGGCAGUUCCUGUCGAUGGCGGAACCAGCGGACUUUGUCCAUAUCUUUGACGUGAAGAGCGACUACAACAGAAGGCAAGAGCUGGACUUCUUCGGCGAGAUAUCUGGGAUGUCCUUCAGCCCUGACACAGACGCCCUCUUCGUGGGCGUGUGGGAUAGAACAUAUGGUAGCCUCCUCCAGUUUGGGCGUCUGUAUAACAACUGGUACCAUGACUCGAUGCUUUGAGGCGAAAGCGGAGCGGAUGUCGGGCCUGCAUGUCUGUCCCCCCACAGCUGCACUGAAUCUCGCAGCAUAAGUUAGGUGUCUCCCUGAAAUCGGAAUUUCUUGAGUUGACCUGCAUAAUUCAAAUUAAUAAAUGUUGUAUCCUUGUAUGUGUAUAUAAACAAAUGUACAGAUGCCUAUAGCCUGUGUGCCGGGGUAGAGCGCAUCUCAUCAUAUAUGUUUAGGUUCCAGUUAGUUGUAAGGCAUCUUGACUCAAGUCGAGUGACGCUGUGAGCAUCUUGACUCAUGUCGAGUGACGCUGUGAACAUUGUCGUCGAUGAUGGUGUGACUUGUGAGAUGAACGGAUGGUGUGACUUGUGAGAUGAA